GAGCCUUGAAGAGGGAGCCCCCAGGAAGUGCUGUCACACAGCCAGGUAGUAUGUUAUUAGCAAUGAACCCUGAGGGAGGACAGGCAAACACUGGGUGCUGCCUUCUUUGCUAGUGAGGGCUCAACGGCAUGAGGAUAUUAUUUAUGCAAGGAUGCAAGGUGUCGCCUCGACCUCAGUGGGUCCCAGAAAGGGUGGUCAGCACGUGAUGCGGGCUACAGGUCAUAUCUUCCUGAGAAGGUGGGAAGGACACCUAUCUAACUUUUUUCAAAGCUGGGACCUGGAAGGACCGUAGCGGGGGUGGGGGCAAACUACAACUCCCAGAAGGCACUGCUCCCAGGCGAGUCGGGAGUGGUUGCCAUGGUUUCAGAAAACAAUAUGGCCGCUCCCAGCUGGGACGCGAGUCUCCCGGUGAGACGGAGACGCGGAUCCUGGCGUCUGCCGUAGGAAGAAAAGGAGCGCUUGGGGGGUGGUGAGGCGGAGGUCUGGGCGCUGCACGGGAACGGCCUGGCCUUGGCGAAGCUGCCAAUGGCGACCAGCGUGGACGAGGAAGCGCUGCACCAGCUGUACCUGUGGGUCGACAACAUCCCUCUGUCCCGACCCAAGCGAAACCUCUCCCGGGACUUCAGUGAUGGAGUCCUGGUUGCAGAGGUCAUCAAGUUUUACUUUCCCAAGAUGGUGGAGAUGCACAAUUAUGUCCCUGCCAACUCUCUCCAGCAGAAACUCAGCAACUGGGGUCACCUAAACAGGAAGGUGCUGCACAAACUGAACUUUUCGGUCCCUGACGACGUAAUGCGCAAGAUUGCACAGUGCGCCCCGGGCGUGGUGGAGCUGGUACUCAUCCCACUGAGGCAGCGCCUGGAGGAACGGCAGAGGCGCAGGAAGCAGGGCUCUGGCUCCUUACAGGAGCUGGCACCCCAGGAUGGCAGCAGCUACAUGGAUGUGGGUUUGUCACAGAAAGCUCAAAGGGAGAGUGUCGCAGACCCCCAGGGAGGGGCACAGCUCAGGGGGACCCAGCCUCCAGGACAGGGCCAGGCACUGCAGAGCAACCCCAACUUUGUCCUCCAAAUCGCGGAAAAGGAGCAGGAGCUGUUGGCCUCGCAGGAGACUGUGCAGGUCCUGCAGAUGAAGGUGAGGCGUUUAGAGCACCUGCUGCAGCUCAAGAACGUGCGCAUAGAGGACCUCUCCCGGCGGCUUCAGCAGGCUGAGCGUAAGCAGCGGUGAGCGGCUGCCGUGGGACAUGGCGGGGGCUGCUCCCCGACUGGCCCCCACCAAAGCCCAACAGACGCAGCCACAGGGAGACCAAGGAUUGGGAGGGUCGAGCCUCCCUGGGGGAGCCAGCACUUUCCUCCCUUGGAAUGGUGUGU